GGGAGCCGCGGGCGGGCGCGGUCAGGUGGCGCCCAACAUGGCUCCUCCGUGCCCCGGCGCCGCGCGGGGCCGCUGAGCGCUGUCGGGGGGCGGCGGGGCCAUCAUGCAGAAGAUCAAGUCGCUGAUGACCCGCCAGGGUUUAAGAAGUCCUCAGGAGAGUCUUAAUGACCUCAGUCCUAUUGAAAGCUUUCGAAUUCCUACCAAGGAGGAGCUCAGAGAACUACAUGAAGAACCAACUGAUCCUCAGGCACAGCAGGAAAUAAUUAACAGCAUUGAAGAAGUUUAUUUUUCCAAUGAUUCCUUUGAUAUUGUGAAGUAUGAGUUAGAGAGGCUUCCUCCAGUACUAAGUCUUCAAGAACUGGAAGAGUACAGAGACAAAUUAAAACAACAGCAAGCUGCUGUAUCUAAAAAAGUUGCAGACUUGAUCCUUGAAAAACAGCCUGCAUAUGUUGAGGAACUUGAACGUGUUACAUCAUUGCAGACCGGCCUUCAGUUAGCAGCUGUUAUUUGCACAAAUGGAAGAAGACACCUGAAUAUAGCAAAGGAAGGCUUCACACAAACUAGUCUGGGGCUUCUUGCCAAUCAGAGGAAGCGACAGUUGCUUAUUGGACUGCUGAAGUCUCUGAGAACAAUAAAAACACUGCAAAGAACUGAUGUGCGUUUGAGCGAGAUGUUGGAGGAAGAGGAUUAUCCAGGAGCUAUUCAGCUCUGCUUAGAAUGCCAGAAAGCCGCCAGCACCUUCAAACACUACAGUUGUAUAAGUGAGUUAAAUUCAAAACUGCAAGAUACCUUGGAACAAAUAGAGGAACAAUUGGACGUAGCGCUUUCCAAAAUAUGCAAGAAUUUUGAUAUCAAUCAUUAUACAAAGGUUCAGCAGGCUUACAGGCUGCUUGGAAAAACACAGACAGCAAUGGACCAGUUACAUAUGCACUUCACUCAAGCCAUUCACAACACCGUGUUUCAAGUAGUCCUUGGAUAUGUGGAGCUGUGUGCAGGAAACACAGACACCAAAUUUCAGAAGUUACAGUACAAAGACCUCUGUACACACAUUACAUCAGACAGCUACAUUCCAUGCCUGGCUGAUCUCUGCAAAGCCCUCUGGGAAGUCAUGCUCAGUUACUACCGAACAAUGCAGUGGCAUGAGAACCAUGACCAAGAUGAGGCAGCAGUUGUGUCUUCUGUUUCAGAUGGCAACAAUGUGAUGGGAACUGAAGAGAACUGUUUUGACCGCAACUAUGUGAAAAAGAAGUUAGAACAUGGGCUUUCACGAAUAUGGCAGGAUGUUCAAUUGAAAGUGAAAACAUAUCUUCUGGGAACGGAUCUGUCUAACUUCAAAUAUGACGACUUCAUAUUUGUACUUGAUGUUAUCAGCAGGCUGAUGCAAGUUGGAGAAGAAUUUUGUGGCAGUAAGUCUGAAGUUUUGCAAGAAUCUAUCAGAAAACAAAGUGUUAACUAUUUCAAAACGUACCACAGAACCCGUCUUGAAGAACUAAGAAUGUUUUUGGAGAAUGAGACCUGGGAACUUUGUCCUGUUAAAUCAAGCUUUAGUAUUCUGCAGCUUCAUGAAUUUAAGUUCAUGGAGCAGUCACGUUCCCCAUCUGUGUCACCUAGUAAGCAGCCUGCUUCAGCAAUUUCAGCAACACUGACGUUAUUUGAGCAGUACUGUAAUGGAGGAAACCCAUUUGAAAUUCAGGCUGACAGCAAAGAUGAUGAGACAGAGGACGUGCUAGCUUCCAAUGGGUAUGAAUCAGAUGAACAAGAAAAAAGUGCAUAUCAAGAAUAUGAUAGUGACAGUGAUGUUCCUGAAGAGUUGAAAAGAGAUUAUGUGGAUGAGCAGACAGGAGAUGCCCCGAUAAAAAGUGUUUCUCGAGAAACUCUGAGGAGCAGAAAGAGAUCAGAUUACAACCUCAACAAAGUGAACGCACCUAUUCUAACAAACACUACCCUGAAUGUAAUACGGCUUGUUGGGAAAUACAUGCAGAUGAUGAAUAUUCUGAAACCUAUUGCAUUUGAUGUGAUCCACUUCAUGUCCCAGCUCUUCGAUUAUUAUCUGUAUGCAGUCUAUACGUUUUUUGGCCGAAAUGACACGUUUGAGUCAGCAGGACUGGGCCUUAGUAGCAGCAGAUUACGCACCACACUGAACAGAAUCCAAGAGAGUCUGAUUGAUCUGGAGGUCUCUGCUGAUCCUUCAGGAACUCUCACAGCUGCUGAAGAGAGAAAAGAGAAGGUGCCAAGCCCACAUCUCAGUCAUCUCGUAGUUUUGACAUCUGGCAAUUCACUCUAUGGUUUGGCAGAGAGAGUGGUGGCCACAGAAUCCUUGGUAUUUCUGGCUGAGCAGUUUGAAUUUCUUCAGCCUCAUCUUGACGCAGUGAUGCCAGCUGCCAAGAAGCCUUUUCUUCAGCAGUUCUAUUCUCAGACAGUGUCAACUGCCAGUGAACUACGUAAACCAGUUUAUUGGAUUGUUGCUGCUAAAGCCAUUGAUUAUGAACAAAUGCUACUUCUCAUGGCUAAUGUGAAAUGGGAUGUGAAGGAAAUCAUGUCACAGCACAAUGUAUAUGUAGAUGCUCUUUUAAAGGAAUUUGAAGAAUUUAACAGAAGGUUGAAUGAAGUGUCUAAGAGAGUCCGUAUUCCACUGCCAGUCUCCAACAUCCUUUGGGAACACUGCAUACGCUUGGCCAAUAGAACUCUUGUGGAAGGUUAUGCCAAUGUAAAGAAGUGCAGCAAUGAAGGACGUGCCUUGAUGCAACUGGACUUUCAGCAGUUCCUAAUGAAACUAGAAAAGUUAACAGACAUUAGGCCUAUUCCAGAUAAAGAAUUUGUGGAGACCUACAUUAAAGCAUACUACCUAACAGAAAAUGACAUGGAACGCUGGAUAAAAGAACAUAGGGAGUAUUCCACUAAGCAGUUGACCAAUCUGGUGAAUGUUUGUCUGGGCUCCCACAUCAACAAAAAGGCAAGACAGAAGCUGUUAGCUGCCAUUGACGACAUAGACAGGCCUAAAAGAUAACUGGAGAAAGCUGCUUUCCUUGUGACUUGUACCUUUUCCUGUUCAUGUGAAGCAUGCAG